UGCAAAAGUCAGUGCAUGGAAUCUUUGAGGAGGGAGUCUGGUUCUUCUAGGACGCUGCAUGAAGAAGUUUUGAAUCAGCAAGUACUGCAAAAACGUCUCUGCUCAGGAUCCAGGAAGAAGAGGGCCAGUGAUCAGUGUUGCACACUUUUAAGUGUUUCCUGAGGUGAUUUGGAAUUGAGGUGACUCAUGUGGGUGCGAGAAGUGGAGACUUUCCCAGCAUUCCAGUGUUGAUCUCAAGAAGGAACAAUGCCACCAACCCUGGAUAAAAUACCCAAAAGAAGCCAUUUAUAUGUAUGGCACAUAGACUUUAUACAGGAGCCAAAACAAGGCAUGUUCACCUCUGGCAUGUGGAUUUUAUAUGAAAGCCAAAACAAGGCAUGUUCACCUCUGGCAUAUGGAUUUUAUAUGAAAGCCAAAACAAGUCAUGUUUCCAUAUAGUGCAUGGACUUUCUAUAGGAGCAAAAACAAGUUAUAUUUCUUAUGCAACAUGGACAAUAUACAGGAGAAAAACAAGACAUGUUUAUAUAUGACACAUGGGCUUUAUAUCAGAGCCAAAACAAGGCAUGUUUCCAUAUAGCACAUGGACUUUAUUUAAUAUAGCACAUGCACAAUAGACAGGAGAAAAAAACAAGACACACAUAUUUAUACUUGGCACAUGGAAUUUUUACAUUUAUAUGAUAUGUUUACAUAUGGCAUAUGGACCUGAUUUGGGAGCCAAAACAAGGCAUGCUUAUGUAUUGCACAUGGACUUUAUACGCAAGCUUAAACAAUUCAUGUUCACCUAUGGCACAUGGACUUAAUAUGGGAACCAAAACGAGACACAUUUAUGUAUGGCACAUGGACUUUAUACAGGAGUCAAAACAAGAUAAUAUUUACAUAUGGCACAUGGACGUGUAUGGCACGUGGCAAAGAAAAAAAAAACAAGACAUGUUUAUGUGUGGCACAUAGACUUUAUACAAGACACGUUACAUUCGGCACAUGGACUUUAUACAGGAGUCAAAACAAGACAUAUUUAUAUAUGGCACAUGGAGUUUAUACAGGAGUCAAAACAAGACAUGUUUAUGUAUGGCACAUUGACUUUAUACAGGAGUCAAAACAAGACAAGUUUAUAUAUGGCACAUGGAAUUUAUACAGGAGUCAAAACAAGACAUGUUUAUGUAUGGCACAUGGACUUUAUACAGGAGUCAAAACAAGACAUGUUUAUAUAUUGAACAUGGACUUUAUACACAAGUCAAAACAAGACAUGUUUAUACUGUAUAUGGCACAUGGAAUUUAUACAGGAGUCAAAACAAAACAUGUUUAUCUAUGGCACAUUCAUGGACUUUAUAAGUCAAAACCAGACAAAAUUUACAUAUGGCUUGUGGACUAUAUACAGAAGGAAAAAAUAAGGUAUAAUUUUGUAUGGCACAUGGACUUUAUACAGUCAAAGAAGACAUCUUUACUUAAGGCAGGUGGACUUUAUACAGGAGUCAAAGCAAGACAUGUUUACAUAUGGCAUAUAAACUUUGUACAGGAGUCAAAGCACGAAAUGUUUACAUAUGACACAUGGACUAAAUACGGGAGUCAAAACAAGACAUGUUUACAUUCAGCACAUGGACUUUAUACCAGAGUCAAAGCAAGACAUGUUUACAUAUGGCACAUAAAUUUUGUACAGGAGUCAAAGCACAAAAUGUUUACAUAUGACACAUGGACUAAAUACAGGAGUCAAAGCACAAAAUGUUUACAUAUGACACAUGGACUAAAUACAGGAGUCAAAACAAGACAUGUUUACAUUCGGCACAUGGACUUUAUACAGGAGUCAAAGCAAGACAUGUUUACAUAUGGCACAUAAACUUUGUACAGGAGUCAAAGCACAAAAUGUUUACAUAUGACACAUGGACUAAAUACAGGAGUCAAAGCACAAAAUGUUUACGUCACAGCCCUAUACUCAUCCAUUCCCCAUGAGAAGGGAAUGGAAGCACUUGCUUUUUUCUUUCGAGAAUGGUCAGAAUUCUCUGCAGAGUUCCAAACAUUUAUUCUUCUGGUGUCCCUUUUCCUUCUGACCCAUAACUUUUUUGAAUUUGAGGGUACCUUCUACCUCCAGAGAUAUGGGACGGCUAUGGGGGCUAAAUUUGCCCCCUAUUACGCCAACCUUUUUAUGGGUUGGUGGGAGCUGUCCCUCAUCUUUGGAGAUAGUAAUCCCCACAAAAAGGACAUCAGCUUCUAUUGUCAAUUUAUCGAUGACUUGAUCCUCAUUUGGGAUGGCAGUGAAGCUGAUUUAGAGUUUGUGGAGGGUAUUAACCAAAAUAAAAUGGGACUCAAAUUUACCUUUGAGACACAGCUGAAUGAAAUUAAUUUUCUUGAUGUGACACUUAGUGGCACCCUAGAGGGUAAAGUAAAAACAAAUUUAUAUAGGAAACCCAUAUCCGGCAACUCUUUGUUGCAUGCUAGGAGCUGCCACCCCAAACAUGUGCUGUAUGCAAUUGCAAAAGGGCAAUUUAUAAGAGCAAAAAGAAAUUGCUCGGAUAUUAAAGAUUGCCAUAUCCAGAUGGGGGAUGUCAGUAGACGUUUGGUCCAAAGAGGAUACCCCCAGAAGAUUGUCAAGAAAGCACACAGAGAGGUUGUGGGAUCACAUAGAUCUGAUUUACUGAGAGAUAAAUCUAAGACCAAAGAGAUGCAUAAAGGUGUAACCUUCGUUACGGACUAUAGUUCCCAAUACGAAGAGGUAUGUAAAAUUGUUAAGCAUCAUUUUAGUAUGCUUAUUGCAGAUGACAGACUUAUAGACUGUGUCCAGGAGGGAAUCAGAUGCUCCUAUUGGAGGAAUCGUACACUAGGCAAUUUGUUAUCUCCCACGGUACUAAAAAAGCCUACAUCUCAGGCUAGUGAUUGGCUCACUAGCAAGGGAUCCUUCAAGUGUGGCAGCUCUAGAUGUGGAGCUUGUGAUUAUCUGAUUGUGUCUGAUCACUUUAACUCCACAGUGACAGGUAAAACAUAUGAAGUAAAUUUCUGUUUAAACUGUACCUCAGUGUAUGUUAUAUAUUGUAUAACAUGCACUAAAUGUGGGAAACAGUAUGUUGGGCUCACCAGAAGGGACAUCAGGACUAGGGUGAGAGAGCAUCUGUCAACUAUUCGAGUUGGAAAGGCUACCACCCCCCUUUGUGUAUCAUUUUGCACAAACACACAAUAAAGAUCUGCUUCUUGUGGCAACCCAUUGAUAUGAUCCCUCACCCAGAAGAGGGGGGGAUAGGACAGUUAUCUUGCGGAAGAGGGAGAUGCUGUGGAUUUUUAAACUAGAAACUAGGGUUCCCAAAGGUCUAAAUUCUGAAUACGACUUUAUUAAUUAUUGGGAGUAAUUUUCCACAGCAUGUCCCUCUUUUUAUGGCCUGUGUUGGGUGUAUGUGUAUAUAACUCUAAGCACUGAUAUUGUAGAACACCUCUAUUAGAUCUAUAUGGUUUAUUUGAUAUAUUUUUUUAAAUAUGCAGUCUUACCUGUUUUGAUGACUAUUGUUGGUCCUUUGCAAACUUGGGAGAUACAUAUAUACAUUCCCUAAAUAUAAUAUAAUACAUCAUAAUAGAAUAAAUUCUUUUGCAUCCUUUAUGAUGUAUCUUUUGCACCUUUAACUGGAUGAUUAGAAUUUAGUUCUAUAUAAUUGUUACUUCUAUUGUGCCCUUUCUUCACUUAGUGCAAAUUAUUUCAUCCUGGUCUUUUUAUGUGGGCUUAAAUACAUAUUACCCGUUUAUUAUUUGCUA